GAGAAGAGGGGAAAAUGAAACAGUGCCUCUAAAAAGGCCAGGGACUCCCCAGGAAGUUUAAUGGGCGCUUCUGGCUCAAAAGUACCAGACCUCUCCUUGGCAUCCCCUGAGCGUCCAGCUGCUUCCCUCUCACCCACCUCCAAAAUGAUGUUUCUGACUUCCUGAUCAACUGUAGCCAGGGCUGGAAGCAGAACAGCCUCCAUGGUCUGAAAGAUGCUCCAUCCGACCUGAUGUCUUCUUCCAUUCAGGGCUCAACUGAGGAAGCUGGUGGUAUCUGAAGAGCAAAUCUCUGAUCUGUGGCCCAAGCAGAACUGCCUGCCGCGGCACCUCCUGGAAGAGCUCUGCUGCAUGAGACCUUCUUCCUGGCGUGGAAGGCCCAGAGGAUGUCUUCUUCCUUCCUGGCCGGCCGCUCGGUGGCCACCCACAUCCUGGUGGCCCUCUUUGGCAUGGGCUCUUGGGUCUCCAUUAACUCCCUGUGGGUGGAGCUCCCAGUGGUGGUGAAGAAGCUUCCGGAAGGCUGGAACCUGCCCGCCUACCUGUCUGUCCUCAUUGCCCUGGGGAACGUGGGGCCCAUGAGCGUGACCCUGACCCACCACUUUGCGCCUGGGCGGCUGAAGGAGCGUUGGCUGAUCCACGCCAUCCAGCUGCUGGCCGUGGGGGCCGCCCUCUUCCUGGCGCUCUUCUGGCACCGGACGACGGUGAUCGCGGGCCUGGAGCACAGCCUGGCCUUCCUGGUGCUGGCCUUCCUGCUGGCCCUGCUGUGCUGCACCUCCAACGUCUCCUUCUUGCCCUUCAUGUACCAGUUCCCGCCGCUCUUUGUGCGCACCUUCUUCAUCGGGCAGGGGCUCAGCGCCCUCCUGCCCUGCGUGCUGGCCCUGGGGCAGGGCGUGGGGAAGCUGGAGUGCCUCAACGGCACGCAGGGCAACACCUCGCAGCCGCAUUACUUGGAGGAGAACUUCUCGGCCACCACCUUCUUCUGGCUGCUCCUGGGGCUGCUGGCUGUCUCGGCUCUGGCCUUCCUGGCCCUGCUGUUCUGGCACAAAGAGGGCGGCUCCUCCCAGGGGAAGGGCUCCUCCCAGGAAAGCGUGACGUCGGAGGAGUCCUUCCCCCUGCAGACUGACGGGGCACCCACCUAUGACGGCGCCGUGGAGAGCCCCGGCCCGGAAGCGUCUGCCAAGCCGCAAGCCACCAGCUUCUGGACGCAGAGAAACAUCUACCUGCUGGUGCUGCUGGCGGUCUCCAGCGCCCUGACCAACGGGGUCCUGCCUUCCGUGCAGAGCUACUCGUGCCUGCCUUACGGGGGCAUGGCCUACCACCUCUCCGUGGUGCUCAGCAACAUCGCCAACCCCGUGGCCUGCUUUGCUGCCAUGUUCCUGCUGUGCAGGUCCUCCCUGGGCCUGGGCCUCCUCUCUGCCCUGGGGGGUGUCUUUGGAAUCUACCUGAUGGUUCUGGCAGCCUUCAGCCCCUGCCCGCCACUGGUGGACAGCCCCGUAGGCGUGGCACUGGUGGUGAUCUCCUGGAUCCUGUUCAUGGGCCUCUUCUCCUACCUGAAGGUGGUGAUCGGCAGCCUGCUGCAUGAGGCGGGCCAUUCCGCCCUGGUCUGGUGUGGCACCAUCAUCCAGGUGGGCUCGCUGGUGGGCGCCCUCGUCAUGUUCCCCCUCACCAGCGUCUACUACCUCUUCCGCAGUGGGACGGACUGCGUGGACAACUGUGGGGCGUGAGGCCAGCUGGGAGCGGAGGAGAGACCAAGCGAGGCCCCCGCCCUUCUGCAGCCUUUCUCCAGCUCCUGGAGCGGAAGCAGCCAGGCCACAGGCCAGCCUUUCUCCAGCGGGGGCGGCACAGCAGAUGUUGCACUUGCUGCAUGAAGGGCGUGUCCUUUACCUCCCCCCCCUUUUAAGUCAGGCACAGCCAGUCUGCAAAGAAGGGCCUCCCCUUCCCACUCUUGAUUUUUAUCUUGGAAAAUCCACAUUCCGGCUACCUGCUGUUCCAGGCCAAGCCACCACUCCCUCGAUGCUGCCUGUCUCCUUCCUUGGGUGGGAGGGAGGGCACACGCCUGGCCUCAGCAGAGCCCCUUUGCUGCUGCCACAAGCCUCCCAGUGAGUGAGGAGGGCCCUUCAGCAGCCUCCUCCUUCCCUCCCUGCAGCCCCACCCCUUGUGCCUUAAGAAGGAUGCCGCCGCUGAGACCUUGGGGGCAGGCCUGCCGGGCUCCUGGAGGGUGCCAGUGGUGUCCUCUCUCCUGCCCCUUUCUUUGUUGCCAGCUGAGCGGGCAGGUCCUUUGAAUCUCUCUGGGGGUGGCAAUGGCAGGGGAGUUUCCAAAGAGACCCCUGGACGCCCAGCAAGUGCUGGUUCCGGGGGGGGGGGGCGUGCCUUGGCUCCUGCCUACAGCCUCGGGUCUUCAGGUUGUGCAGGAGGGGCUCAAUAAAUUUUUCUACUUUG